CUCUGUUUCUCUGCCUUAACUUGCGGCCAAUCGUAGAAGAAGAAGAAAGAAAAAUAAAAAACAAAGAUUUUCAAGAAUCGGCGGCGGAAUAUUCUCGCCGGGAAAAUGGGGAAAGCUAGAGGAGUUAACAGCGGAGGUGGAGAGAGCUCUCUCGGUUAUCUUUUUGGUUCCGGCGAGUCUGUUCCUAAACCUAACAAGCCCAAUGCUAACACAAGCUUUACCACAACCACGACCACCACAACAACAACCGAUGGAGCUGGAGGUAGAUCCAAGACCACCACCAUAACCACCACCACGGGAGAUAAAAACAAGUCCGGUGAGCUCUCGGCCGGUGUAAGAGGAAGUCCUAAUAAUUACUACAGAUCAGAUGGACAAAACUGUGGCAACUUCAUCACGGACCGACCAUCUACGAAAGUUCAUGCUGCACCAGGUGGAGGAUCUUCUCUUGGUUACUUGUUUGGAUCUGGUCCAUCUGGAUCUGACAAAUGAUCUGAAUCUCCACGACGCACUCUCAGCAUUUCAUAAUCCGUUGAAAAUGAAUUGUAAAAAUUGUAACUUUACUAUUUACUAUCCUUGAAAUUGGCUGUGAGGAUUGUUUUGGAUUUGGACGUUUCUUGUGUUCUUGAAAAAGGAAGAAGGAUAUGUCAGUUUAAUGGUUCAAAGCUAGAAGCUUACUCAAUCUUGAAAAACA